CUGUCCAAAGCAAACCCCGAUACGCAGCGGGGCUUGUUCGGGAUGUUCAAUAGGCUAGGCAUGGCAUCAUUUUCAAGGUACUCCGUAGCUGUGCAGAAGGCUGUGCUACAGGAAUCCAAUGGAGAAUGGUUGAUGCCCUUGAGCUCCAUGUCGAUACCAUCUUGUUGCAAUGUAUCUGUUUCACGAUCGCGUUGACGAGGCGCUCCAUUUCGUCGGGGAUAAAUUUCAGAUUUUAAAGACGACGCGUUAGCCAGCCCUCCUCGCUAAACCCUCGAGCGAAUGCUGCUGUGAGUGAGAUAAUAGAAGACUUAGAGUUUCUUAAGCUCUUCUCACUACUCCGACGCCAGCCAGAUACGCUGGCUUAUAUAAUUGAUGGAUCACUAACCAUCACCUAGUGGUGCUGCAUGGCCGCCUCUACAAUUGCCUUCAUGAUCCGCACCUGCGAUGCCCUCGAUGUAAACCUCGGCCUACAAUACAGCGAGGUCAUCUCGAGCACACCUACGAAGACAAAGAACAGCUCAUCGACGAAGUCAAGGCCAAGAAUCUGCCUAUACCCAAUUGCUGCGUUCGAUAAUAGGAAAGAAGUUGAAGUAUCAAUCAUUCAGAGAGCCGACAAUCCAGUUUGUACACAUUUAUGAUCGCAACGACGUACUCAGAUAUCCACGGCACACAUGAUCGAAAGCGUGUCAAUUUCAAAUCUAUACAAUAUUACAAUAUCUAAUCUAACAUACUCAUUAUGCCGCC